AUGACGCAGCUCUUUGCGUCUAGCCCCUCGGCCAUGAACGAAAAGCGCGGGAACUUCCCCGGUCUUUCCCUUCCCACUCGCAAGCACUCUAAUGAGUCAAGUCACUUCCCUUCCAGAAUCAAGAACUUCUUCCGCAUAAACAGCUCAAGUAGUCAUUCCUCAUCGCAUGGCAACAGUCCGACUAGUAAUGAGCGCGAACGUGAGAAAGAGACCCAAGGGGCUCCCGCUAAGAACGAAAAGUCCAGUGCUUUCCGACAAUCUCGUUUCCUACCGACCAUCGGUCGCAAUCGCUCAACAACUGUCGCCAGUGAAGGAAAUCCUCUCGACGAUGGAGUUUCACCCACUGCAACCGCCAAUCCGUAUUUCGCUCACCAGGGCCAACCGGCAUUGAGACAUCGGAACGAUGGGUCUGUGCCCUCAUCCCCACCCGAUACUCCCGAGUUGCAGGUCACCGGAGUCUCGGCGGUGGAACAGGCGACUACAGCAAAUAAGGAAGAACUUGCGCGCAAACUACGCCGUGUCGCAUCUGCUCCGAAUGCGCAGGGGUUGUUCAGCAAGGGCCAGGGUGAAGGUCGACCUCAAACUGCCGAAAUGGGUAAAGAGCCCCUUUUGGAGUCUGCGGUUGAUGGAGUUAGGCUGGCCGACUCAAAUACUACUAUCGCCCUUGCUGUGCCUUCUGCUAGUACAGAUGGGUUCCGUCGCACGUAUAGUUCCAACUCUAUCAAGGUUCGGAAUGUGGAGGUGGGACCAGCCAGUUUUGACAAGAUCAAACUGAUCGGUAAAGGUGAUGUUGGGAAAGUGUACUUGGUUCGUGAGAAGAAGUCAAGUCGUCUCUAUGCCAUGAAGGUUCUGAGUAAGAAGGAGAUGAUCAAGCGAAACAAGAUCAAGCGUGCCUUGGCCGAACAAGAGAUCCUGGCUACAAGCAACCACCCCUUCAUUGUCACUCUCUACCAUUCUUUUCAAUCUGAAGAUUACUUGUAUCUCUGCAUGGAAUACUGCAGUGGUGGUGAAUUCUUCCGAACUCUUCAAACCCGCCCUGGCAAGUGCAUCUCCGAAGAUGCGGCUCGUUUUUACGCGGCGGAAGUCACUGCUGCGUUGGAAUAUCUGCAUCUAAUGGGCUUUAUUUACCGAGAUCUCAAGCCCGAGAACAUUCUCCUGCACCAGUCAGGUCACAUUAUGCUUUCGGAUUUCGAUUUAUCUAAACAAUCUGGGCCCGGUGGUGCUCCCACAAUGAUUCCUGGUCGCAGUGGCGGAACAUCUUCCGCUGCAUUGCCUACCAUUGACACCAAAUCUUGCAUUGCUGAUUUCCGCACAAACUCUUUCGUCGGAACGGAAGAAUAUAUUGCACCUGAAGUCAUCAAGGGAUGUGGACACACCAGCGCUGUCGAUUGGUGGACGCUAGGUAUUUUGAUUUAUGAGAUGCUGUACGGAACCACUCCAUUCAAAGGAAAGAAUCGAAAUGCUACAUUCGCCAGCAUUCUACGAGAUGAGGUUCAAUUCCCUGAACACUCCGGUGCUCAACAGACCUCUAACUUGUGCAAAUCUCUGAUUCGCAAGUUAUUGAUCAAGGAUGAAACCAAACGUCUGGGAGCCCGUGCUGGCGCUUCCGAUGUCAAGACUCACCCCUUCUUCCGGACAACCCAAUGGGCCCUUAUCCGUCACAUGAAGCCACCAAUGAUCCCUCACCAGGGCCGCGCUGGUACCGAUACUAUCAACUUCCGCAAUGUUAAAGAGAGUGCCAGCGUGGAUAUCGGUGGUACAUCUGAUAGCUCCUCCAAAAUGAAGGGUGUGCCCAUGGACUCAGGCCUUGCCACUCCAAAUGGUGAGUUGAAUGAUCCUUUUGAGGACUUCAACAGCGUCACACUUCACCACGAAGGAGAUCAUUAA